GAACUUCAAUUAGCCCCGAGGCAUCCAAUAGCUUUCUACUCUCCGGAGGAUCACAGCAUCAUAUCCCAACGCUGACUCCGGAUUAAGUUUUUAUCGAAUUUGAGUCGAGCCUAAUGCCCUCGCGCCGCAGCCACACCAAAUCCCGGAAGGGUUGCAUUCAGUGUAAGAAGCGACAUGUGAAGUGCGAUGAAGAGACGCCUCGAUGUGGGUUGUGCAAGAAGAGAAAAUUGGAUUGCACGUAUCCGUCCAAUGAUGCGGAUGGUCAAAACCCCUCCACACCACAUGAAUCACCCGAGACAGUAUCCGGCCCAGAAGCAGAUUCGUCGCAGACGCGAAUGCUCGAAAUGAGGUUAUUCCAUCAUUACCUUACGGAAACAUACAUCACUCUCUGUCAAGGUCGCCUCGACGCACACCAUUUCCAAGUCGUCAUCCCGCGAAUCGUGGUGUCCCACCCAUUCCUGAUGGACAGCCUUUUGGCACUAUCUGCUCUUCAUCUUGCCUAUCUGGAGCAGCAUGACAACCGGUCGUGGCUGGAGAUUGCUUUGAAAUAUCAGAGCCGCGCCUGCUCAGCCUUCAGUCGAGUCUUGGCGGACAUCUCCCCGGAGACUUGUGGGCCAGCUUUUAUCUGCUCCAUUUUCAUCAUGCUGUGUGCAACGGCGUAUCCUUGUGUUUCCGAAGACAGACAGACAUUCGAGCCGUUGUCUCAUGUACUAGAGAUUCGCCAGCUCAUUGCUGGCUGCGCACUCUUAUUUGUGCAACUCAACGGCAUGGAGUAUCGGGGUGACUUGCAAGGAUGGUUGAAAUGGAAGGACGAUGAAGUCGAUCAGGAUGGCAACCCUUAUCAAGUUCGGGAAUCCCAACUGAGUCUUCGGAGUGCAAUCAUGGAUUCCUUGAAGGGCGUUCAAGAGAAGUUUAACAGUAUCGGUGGACCAAAUCAGGCAAUAUACCUGGCUACUUGGCAGAUUCUUCAUGAAGCAAUCAAGAGAUGGCCAUUUGGCGGCCCGAACGGUGGUAUAAUCGCAUGGCCUAUCAAUAUUAGCGAGGCCUACAUCGAUCUACUCAAGCAGGGUGAUUGGGUGGCUCGUAUUCUGUUUCUACACUACGGCGUUGGACUUCAUUUGCUCUCAGACAAAUGGUUUGUCCGAGAUUGGGGCCGUCGUCUCAUCGAGACCGUUCUACAACCGGAAGAUGAAAUUCCCUCGAUCUGGGCCAGCACUAUCUCGUGGACCAGGAGCGCAGUUGAACUCGAAGAAUGAUGGGGUUUCACAUGUGUCAGCUUGGACUCAACCAGCCUCAAAGGCUUUAGGUUCACUGAAAAGGACACGAUUCAUGGCAGAUCAGGCCUUGAAUUUGGUAAACUCGGUACGGCAAAAGCAAGAGCAAGGAAUAUUGUCAUGACGAAAGACGUGCGGCAUCGGUAUUCCAGUAGCCGUUCCGAGAUGGUUGAAAACUGA